AUGGCCUCGUCGGCCAUCCAUCCGAUACGAUCCUUGGGGUUUAUCGAUCCUCGGCGCCCGGGAGAAUAUCCCAUCAUUCUAGGGGAAACCCUGAAAGAAAGCAGCAAAUCCAAGGAUUCUUUGGUGAACAUUCGAUACAACUGGCAGCCCAAGUCGGGCUUUGGUUCUCGUGAAAGCAAGCUGACGAAGUCGGGUGACACGUGUCAGCUCGUCGUUGAGGAUGGGGGCUCUGAUGAUGGGGGGGCUUAUGAAUACACCGGAAUUUUGAGUUCACUCCAGCCUGGAAAAUCCGACGACGAACCGAACUCUUUAGCCCUCAUCUUCGACAAAUCCAAAUCGGCGUUUGUUCUCGAAUCUAUCUCCGCGUCUCUGGACAUGAACUUGAGAUCUGGCCCGGGGCAGUCCUCCAAAGAUACGCGCCAGCUGCCACAACUUCCUACAGAGCAACAUUCCUUUGUCGACUCCUCGGGUCCCAAUGGAGACGGCCAUACGUCGCCUUCCGCUGAAGAUGAGACUCCUGAUGCCUCCAAUCCGUACGACUUUCGACAUUUCUUAAAUGAAGCACGUGAGAAUUUCGAAAGGUCCGCCCAACAGCCGGGGAAUCGCACGCCUUUGCCAGGAAGCCGAACGCCAUUGAGCGGAAUUUCCACCCCUCUUCCGGGAUCCAGUCGAUUCCUCGCCACGACACCUCAAUUCAAGCCCACUCCGGCCAUGUCCAAAGCCACCCCGGAGCGGAAAAAGAAAAACGAAGAGACGACCCGUAAUGCCGGUCGUACACAUCCAACGUCGACAAAAUCCAAGACUACAACCAAGCACGAGACAGGAAAAUCGUCCUCCAUCCAGCCUCUAAGCAAAGCUCGUAUUUCUGACUCCGACGGCGAUGAUAGUGAAACGAUAGACGUGGCGCGAGUCAUUACCAAAUCUUCCACGACAUCAAACAAUUCGACCACUCAGAAGUCUAGUCAUGCAGCCGGAAAAGGCCACACGCGGAAUGUUUCGGCCAAUAUUGGCAGAUCGCCACACAUCAUCAUCAACGACGAUGGCGGUCUGGAGAUUGAUAUGGGCAGUCCGCCUCCAGAAGACCGUCGUGCGAAGCGUGGGAGAGUCGAUCCUGAAAUGUUCCGCAGCCAUACGGGGACACCGAUUGGUGGGAUUAGCUCGAAUCCACAUGUUCGACCAGAAUCUAGGCCUGUAGGUGAUCAGAGGGGACGUGGGAGAGAUCGGGACCACGAUGUGACGAUGAAAGACAUUGAAGCCGGCUCCAGUCCGUCCGACGAGGAUGGAGACGUUGAGGAAUUUGCACUCGGCAGUCCUCGGGAGAAGAGACUCAGUGUACCCAAUAGUGGUGAUGUGUCAAGGAUGGAUGAUGAAGGUGAAGACGACGGUGGUCGACGACGACAUGCGCCCACGCCACCGGCUCCGGCUAGUAACGAUGACGAUGAUGACGAAGAUUUACUUGCCGCGGAGCUAGAGGCGGCCUUGGAGGAAGAGGACGAAGAGGCUACCCGAGGUAUUGGAUUGGGCAUUGGAAUGGGUGUGCAGGAUGAUGAAAGUGAGGUCAGCGAGGAAGAGUAG